CGGGCGCCACUCGCGCGCGCACCGCGGACCAAGCCGCUUCGAAUUUCGAACGUUACAAACGUCAACGUCAACGCCAUUUUUAAAUUUACUUUAUGAAGUGCCAGUGCAUUUGGAACUGAGGAUUUUGUGCCAGUAUUGUGUUCCUUUUUCAAAACAGAUUUGUCAAGGUGCCAUCCGUGACUGUGAGCGUGACUAGUGAUCUUAACAAACAUUACGAACAAUCGAUUGACAUAAAUUAAUCGAUUAACUGUUAAACGAAUAACUAAUCGAAUACCCGGUCCUUAUAAAAUGUUUUUACACCAUUACUGAGGCUGUGAAACUGUAUUGCAGUGAUUAUUCUUCGAGAAACUAACGUGAAAUUCUAUAACUAAGUGAAGUGCAGCAAAAUAUCUUCUAUUGGGCUGCGCUCAUUACCUUGUUCGUUUCUUCUUGAUGUCAGUCCGCUCCUAAAGUAAUGGAUAGCCACAGUAGAUCGGCGUCCCCAAGGGAGCCAGCGCGGCCGCAACAUCGUCCACCCUCCCCACCAUCAUCCCCCCAGUCAGGCUUCGACAACAGAGCGUACCAGCACGACGAAUCAGACCCGAACCACAACGAUAGUUUUACCUCCAAUGGCCCACACCAAAACCACCAGAAUGGGCACAGUAAAGAACCUAACGGUGAUACCAAAACGCUAGAGGCAGUGAACUUAGAACUGAUAAAUCUGACACCUAAAAAUGGGUCCAAGAAGAAGGACGUGGAGGUUGACAUGAAUGCCACAAACCCGUACGACGAAUACUUCGUGCCAGUAAACGAGCAUCGGAAGUACAUGAGAGGAGAGAAACUAUACGUGACUGCUGAUAAGCGCGGCGAGAAGGGAGGCUGCAAGCGGCCUCUAUGCUGGACACUCUUAGGACUCGUCGUGAUUGCUAUUGUCGCCCUCAUCGUAUUGGCAGCCACUGGAAUUCUCUUCACGAAUUCGCCAACUCCCCUCGAGCAAUACAACGCAUCCGUUAGCUCGGCGCGUGCUUUCGGCGGCAUUUCAAGCGAUCACAAUCACGAUCACGACCACAGCAAUCAUCACCACGACCACAGCGGCCACGAUCAUCAUCAUGGUGAAGAACAGAGUACUUCUCCACCACAAUACGGUACAGAGACUCAAAGCGACGAAGCACAGUUACCUAUGACCUCCGAAGAAUCUAGCGACACGUCAAUGUACGUACCGAAAACUUUGGAGGGGGUAUUGAAGAUAGACAACGAAAUAUUCACUCCAGAACUUGAAGACACGGAGAGUGAAAAGUACAGAGAUUUCACAAAGAGUUUCAGCGAUGCUCUGAAACAUGCUCUUUUCAAUAGGAACACUUUAGAAAAUGGAGAUAACGAAAUAAUGGUCGAAGUCAUUCAGAUAAGAAAUGGCUCGUUAAUUGUAACGUACCGAAUUCACUGGAUCCAUAAGUAUAAAUCAGAACCGACUGAAGAACUACUUACAGAAAGCGCUUUGAAAGCAAACCUCAACAAUUACCUCGAUGAUAACAACAGAAUGAUCAGCGUUUACCACGUUGCCGAAGAAGAGUUACCCACCACACAAGUACUUGAUUUAUGUAAAAUAAAUAACUAUGAUUGUGAAUACAAAUGUGAAUUUGAUGAUUCUACACUAGAUUUCAUGUGUGUUUGUCCAGUUGGACAAAUCGUUGAUAUCAGCGCACCUAAGAGAUGUACACCUCUGUUAGAUAAUUCAGAGAAAUAUAAUGCAGAAACUGCAACACCAAAGCAAACGAAUGUUGAUAGAUCUAAUUCGAAUGAAAGUUCAAUGAAAAGUAACUCUGAAGAACAAGGUAACACUGAAACAGUUCGUAUAGCUAAUGAGGAAAGUGUAUUUGACUGGAAGGAGCCCCGCCAAUAUACCCCAGAAACAACAACCGAAACGGAACCUGAUUUAAACUUUUCUCAUAUAUUUGGACCGGAAACACCAAAACCUGAACCGGAACCAAAUGCAGAGCCUGAAACCAUCCCUAUUUCAGAGCCAACACUUUCUCCAAAACUUGAAGACGAAUCAGAUUCUAUAACGGAGCCAAAAUCUGAACCAGAACCUACAUCUGAACCACAAGCAGAGCCAGCACCUGAACCUCAAGCAGAACCAGCACCUGAACCAACGGCUGAACCAAUUCCUGAACCAGAGGCAGCUCCUGAACCUACAGCUGAACCAAAACCUGAGCCCGAGCCAGUGCCAGAACCCACAGCAGAACCUAUAUCUGAGUCUGAGCCAGCUCCUGAACCGACGGCAGAACCAAAGUUCGAGACUGAGCCAGCUCCUGAACCAGAAGCAACGCCAGAACCUAAUCCAGAACCUGAACCAGCUUCAUCAUCCACUGCAGAACCAAAAUCGGACCCUGAAUCUAUAGCAGAACCACAAUUAGACGCCAAAACAACGACAGAAUCACAAAAGGAAACACAGUCUGCAGACUUGACGACUACUAUUCCGGAGACAAUCAGUUCCGUUAAAGACAUGCCAGUUGCAAGCGAUGAUCAAGAGAUAAGACCAAUUAAAUUGAAUGAACCUAACACUAUAAGGCCAACAACAAUGUUUGACAAUCCUAUAUUUGAUUUAGAAAGUAUAGUAAAACUUCAAACAACUGCAGAGCCGGAAUCGAAUGAAAAUAAUGAAAGUUAUUUGCAAAUCAAGCCUUUAGAAAACAAUGAAAACUAUGAUGAAGGCAUGGAAAAAAUGAUGACUACAACAAUGAGAAUAUCAUUGUCUGAGCCUAACAUCAUUAACGAACCGUCUUACGAACCCAAGCCUGAUAUCAUAUCAAUUUUGAAAGAAAACGGACAACGAAUGAAUUUUACAAGUAUUGAUACUACAGAUUACACAACUAUUGAAAAUGAUUGGCUCGAGGCAGAAGACGAGAAUAGUACUUUUAGUUUUGAAACAACAUCCAGUAAUAUUAAUGCUCAAAUGGACUUAGAAAUGCAUAAUGAAGGAAGUAGUGAGCAUGCUAAUAAAACGGAACAAAGAUCGUCAAAGCAAUUUGAAAACUUUGAUUUUGAUACGACAACCGAUAGCAUGAACGAAAACAAUAAUGAAGAUAUCACAUUCGAUCAAAUUAAAAAAAUAUAUGAAAUGGCACCUGUUCUCACUACAAUAGGACCAAUUGUAGAAAAGACUCAGGACUUAUCCAAUGAUGAUACUUCCAAAAUAAAUAAUAUAGAAACCACAACAUUAACCAAUAUUUUCACCAACAAAAUCUUUGAUCAGGGAGAGGAUAAAGUGAAAGAAACUGCUGUAGAAAAUAAUACAGCGGCCGUUACUCUAAAUCAAACAGAAAUUAAAUCCAUUCAAAACGAGACCACGCCGCAAGAUCAAAAACUUAUGGAAGUAAUAGAUAUAAACAAAACAUCGAACAACAUGCCAAAUGUUACACCUACAGAAAAAGAUUUACCGGAGGUAAGUACAGAUGUAAGUUUUGAUACUAUCAGUAUGCUUUACAAUAGAUCUCCAAAAUUAAUUGAAAAAGAUGUAAAUAUAAAUAAAGAAGUUACAGAUUCAAAUGAAUUAUCAAAAGAAGACUCUGAGGAAACUAUGACUGAUUCAGACUGGUUAACUGAAACAGUUACAGAAGUUAAUUAUGAAGGAGUUAUGAAUAAAAUGGAAAAACAUGAAACCACUGAAACUUCUUUAACAAAAAUAGACGAAAUAAUGGGUCGUGGAGUUAGCAAAGAUGAUUUUGAACCAGACUAUUUAAGCAACAUGGGCUCUAAAACAAGCAAAAUAUCUGACCAAGAUGAACAUUUGUAUGGUAUGUCACAAGAUUACGAUAAUGAAGACCCCAGAGUAAAGAGAGUUAAUUUAGAUGAGGAUAAAUCUGAAAUGAACCCGCGAGAAAAUAUAGGUAAAUCCAGGAAAAAAGACACAUCCAUGGCAACAAGUUUAGCUUCAAAUGCCACAUUGGAAACAACAACCAUAGGACAAUAUAUAUACCAAGUAUCGGCACAAAAAACGAAUGAAACAACAAUGGGUAACUCCGAAAUUUCAUUAAGAACCGCUGUACCAGCUCCUGUAUGGGAAGAAAAUGAUCUAAAAAAAGAUCUUUCCGUACUGCCUCAGCAAAAUGUGGAUACCCAACAGAUUGAUAUUAUUAAUCAAACUUACAUGGGCCGUCCUGUAACGACUACUGCCGCCAAUUUUGAUCAAGAUAAUACAACAGGAAUGAGCGAUUUUAUCGCCCAAAACACAACACAGGUAAAUAAUCUAAACGUAACUAUUUAUGAAAUAUCUAGUCAUAGCGGAAAUCAAUCAUUCGUUUCAGCAAAACCUACCAAUUUACCAACUACUGAGUUCGUAGAUCAUGAAACUGAAAUGAAUCCAUUUUUACCUGAAGUAGAAAAUAAUAAAAGUCUAGUAAAAAAACUUCAAGAAGGACAUGACCUAGAACCAACAAACUUAAAUGAAACACAAAAUGAAAACGUAGAAGAACAUAAUCCAAAUAUUGCAGACGUACCUAGCGUCAAUUCUAAGCAAACGACAGAAAUAAAUGAAAGCAACACUUCAAACACAACAUUGCUGAUUACUCCUCAAGCGGAACCUGAAGUUACCACUGUGGCGAUAGUCGAUGAUGAUUUUAUGUUUAAUCAGCUGUAUACCAACUCCCAUGAAGAGGAAUCUGAAUUCACAACUGAAAUAAAUAAAGUUCUAACUUCGCCGCCAACAUCUUCUAAAGACCCAGCUACUACAGAACUAAAUAAUGAUAAGGAAGUACUGCCGAUUUCUACAUUCCUAUUAGACACAGAUGAUUUAGAUACAACGAAAAAGCCAAGUUCUUCAACGGCGAAUGAUUUGAACUCAAACUCUUUCAAUGAUCAGAUGACAUCAAAUCCUAUUAAACCUAAUGAUAGUGAAUUUUUAAGCGUAGUUCCCAUCGAAAAGGAAAAUUACAUGGAACCGCUGAAAAAAAAUUACAAUAGUGCAAGCAUUCAAGAAUUAAAUUAUAUCAGUGAUUCGCCAAAAAAGAGUGACAGGAGGACAAUCGAUGUAAACAAUUUGGAUUCUGUUAUAAAUGAUGUAGCGUAGUAAUAUGUUUAAUUGAAAAAUUGUACAUUAUUGUUACUUUGUUUCCUGUGAUUUUGAAAAAUAAAAAUUAUUGCGACUUUAAAUACCAAUGUAAAUUCAUAAACAGUAUAGACAUAAAAUAAGUCGUAACAUCAAUAUUCUCGCUAAGAUUCCAAAUGGUUCUAAGUUUAUUAAUAAAUACUAAAGAUAUUUACCUAUAUUGUAUUGAUUAAUAAUAAAUAAUUACUUGUUUUAUUAGACUAGUCAAAUUAGAAAAAGUAAAACAUCAAGAGGAUUUUAGAUUAUUUAUUGCUUCAACUACGUAAGAUACAGGCGCGGUUAAAAUGAAUUAUGACAUAUUAUAAUUUCACAGCCUGACUUUACAGAGAAUUUGAUGAAGGUUAUGUUUUUUAAAUUGUUACCAUAGAUAAAUGUAUAUUUUAUUAUUAUAACCGAUAAGUCUUCAUUUGUUGGAACUUAACAAAUCAAAAUUCGACUUUAAAUAACAAAAAUAUAAAAUUUGAUCUGUGUGUCGUAAUGUGAUACGGUCGAAGAAGAAUGUGGCAUUCCAAUUGUUAAUAUUUUUUUUAACUUAAGUGACGCUUUGCGGAUGUGAGGUCUGAUUGUAAAAUAAUAAUUUUAUUAGUUUAGUUCUUGUUAACUAAGAUAUAUUUUGUAUAAUAUGGU